AUGUUUUCUUACUUUCUCUCUUUUUCUUCUUUCAUAUUCCUCUUUUUCUCAAACUGUUCGGCUCUCUAUUUAUUACUCUAUGUUCAUCUCUCUUUCUCUUAUUCUUUCUCUCUCUCUCUGUAUCUAUCUAUUUCUCUCUUUUGCUAUUUUAUUUCUCUUUCUGUUGCUUUAACUUUGUCUCUUUCCCUCUCUCUCAUAAUAUUUCUGUAUAUACAUUUAUGUAAUUCUCACUUUUUCUUUCUUUUCUUCUUAAAUCACCCUCCCACUUCUUUCUUUCUCUCUAUCUCUCUCUCUCUCUCUGUCGUUAUCAACUGUACUCCGAACCAGUCCCAACGCAGUGCCCAGUUGCCGAAGCGAAAUCACUAUCCAAGGCUAAAGGGUUCCAAUAUCUCUUUUAGUGAAGGAAUUAAUGCUUCUCACCCUGCAAUAACUUUUCUUGAACUCCGACACUGGCUAAAAGAUCUCUAUUUGCGGAUCAACUCCCGUGCGGCCGCAGACUUAGUCAUUAUUCAUUCGUCGACCGCCCUCAUCUAUCUAUCUAUCUAUCUAUCUAUCUAUCUAUCUAUCUAUCUAUCUAUCUAUCUAUCUAAUUCAUUCCUAUCUAUCUAUCUAUCUAUCUAUCUAUCUAUCUAUCUAUCUAUCUAUCUAUCUAUCUAUCUAUUGAAUUCAGUUCAUAUCUACCUAUCCAUCUAUCUAUCUAUUGAAUUCAGUUCAUAUCUAUCUAUCUAUCUAUCUAUCUAUCUAUCUAUCUAUCUAUCUAUCUAUCUAUCUAUCGAAUUCAGUUCAUAUCUAUCUAUCUAUCUAUCUAUCUAUCUAUCUAUCUAUCUAUCUAUCUAUCUAUUGAAUUCAGUUCAUAUCUAUCUAUCUAUCUAUCUAUCUAUCUAUCUAUCUAUCUAUCUAUCUAAGCCUAUAACUAGCUUAGGCUUUUUAUAUUAA